ACCGGGGAGUGGGUCUAUCGGGGGAUUGUAAAUCCGAAUUAAGUAUCGAGAUUCUGAAAAAUAAUUUCGAUAUGCUUGAUAUGUACCAAUUGAAGGUCCAUACUUCCACGCGACAAUACACCCCGCACGCCAUUGCAGCCAUAAUUGGGCCGAUAUUUAGAGGCUGGGGAUGCGAUGAGCGUAGCAAGACCAGCACGGUGUCUGCUCUCCAGGCGGUUCGCUGUCGUGGCCAAACCAGCAGCACCACCACCGCAAUGUCACGCCUCCUUCCAUAGCUCGGCGCAGCUCGCCUCGAGGCGAAAACCCCGAUUCAAGAGCAUACGAGCUGAGGAAAUGGGUCUUACCACACCGGAGAAGGUGGAGGAAUAUGGCAACAAGACGUUUCCCCGUUAUACGCCGGAAGAGAUGGAGAUCUUACAGAAGAAGUACACACCCGAGCAGAUGGCAGCCCUAGAAGCCGGUGAAGCGGCUAUCGACCCCAGGGAUUUGACGAUACAAGGUCGAGUACGGAGAGACCCUUAUAAAUUGCCGUAUAUGGACGACUUCAGCAAGAUCUACCCCAUUAUCGACAAGCGCCCUAAAAUCUACCCUCCCCCAAACCCACGCGCCCGGUUCAUGACGGAGGAGGAGGACGCCCUUGACCUGGAGAGGCGCCUUGAGGCAUUGAUUCCAAAAGACGUGAAUUUCGAGGGCAUGUCAGCGAAUGAGAUAAAGGGCAUACUAGAGCAGCGCGUCGAUUUCCCGAUGGAGGAAGCGAAGUACUUUCUCGAGCCCGAGACUAUGAUGUACACCAACGGUCCGACGAACUCGGCUGUUGCGCCGGCCCUAGGUAAAAAGUUAGCUGGCGUAGCGGGCCUGUACAAGCCGCCGGUCGAUCCGGCGGAUGAAGGCUUGGACGACCAGGGCAUAUACCAGCAGGUGAAGCGGCGGACGGGCCUGACCGUUCAGGAUAUCCUAAACAUCAGCACCAAGGUCCUCGUCGUCCGUUACGUCCACAACCAGACGCGUUUAGGCAAGAUCCGCAGCACGUGGAUAUUGGCCAUCGCCGGCAACGGCAACGGCCGCCUCGGCGUCGGCGAGGCCAAGUCCGUCGAGCUCGAAGUUGCGAAGCAGAAGGCGAAGCUCCUUGCCAUCCAGAACAUGCAGCCGAUCCGCAGGUAUGAGAGUCGGACGAUUUACGGCUCGGUGAAGGGCAAGGUCGGCGCGACCAUCGUCCAAAUCGACGCCCGUCCACCUGGAUUUGGCCUGCGCGCCUCCCAUCGUCUCUUCGAGAUCUUCCGCGCCGUGGGCAUCAAAGACAUAGCGGCCAAGAUGCCGCGGUCAAGAAACCCAAUGAACUCUGUCAAGGCCUGCGUACAGGCUCUGCUAAGCCAGAAGGAUCCCGAGGAGCUCGCUCUUGGUAGGGGAAAGAAGUUGGUGGACGUGCGGAAGGUGUACUACGGCGGAAACGUGCAUUGAUACACCACCUAGCCGGCCAACUUAAGUGUAUAAAUAUUAUGCGGGUGAAAAGCCUACAUUGAUAUAAAUGAAGUUAAGAAGUUAAAAUAAGCCAAC